UUUAUUUGGGGGUCUGGCUCGGGUUUUCCCGGUUCGAAAAAUGGAGAUUUUGAACCGUCUAUAAACCAUUAAAUUACCGGUGAGGAAAAAAAAUUCCGGCAAGAAAAUGGCAGCUGCCGGAAAAUGCUUCCUUGUCACUGGCCCUGUUGGUAUUGGUAAGACAACUUUGAUAGUCAGAGUACUCGAAACUCUCAGAAAUUCAAAUCCUAAUUUGAAAGUUCAAGGGUUCUACACUCGUGAGAUUAGAGAAGGAACUGAGAGGAUUGGAUUUGAGGUUGUGACUCUUGAUGGACGUACAGGGCUUCUUGCUUCUAACAAAAUCUCGAGCGCGCAGUCUCUUAGAUGGCCCACCGUGGGAAGAUACAGGGUAGAUGUUGCAUCAUUUGAGUCGUUGGCAUUGCCAGAGUUGCAGGUAAGGGAAGAUACCGAUCUCUUCAUCAUCGAUGAAAUUGGGAAGAUGGAGCUCUACAGUUCCUCAUUCUUUCCAGCUGUACUAAAGGUCCUUCAAUCUAAUAUCCCACUCUUGGCUUCUAUCCCCAUUACAAAAGUAGGCCGAGAUAUACCUGGAGUAGCGAGGAUGAAGAAUCAUCCAGGAGCUAGAGUUUUUACACUUGAUGCAAAUAACAGGGAUGCUAUGAGAGAACAAAUAUGUUCCAUCUUAGCAGAUGUGCUGCAAAAGCCUUAGACGUCGAAGAGCAUAAUCUUCCAGCUAAUGUUCUAAACACUCCUGCUGGUAAACAAACUUUAAACUGAUCGUCAAAUCUUCCAGUAACGUACCUUCAUUAUUUUGUCCUUCGGAGAUGCACUAUUCAAGAAGACAAGGAUGCAAGUGGAAUAUUUCCUU